UCAUUUGCCCUAUUUUAGCGCCAAACUUUAAGCGAGAGUGGAAUUUGCAAAAUUCCUGCCUGAACAAUUCCAUCACGACAACUCCAUCCUUUCGACAACUUUCGAAAAGCACCCAACCGUAAAGAUGGCCGACGAAGAAUAUGUGAGCAAUCAAUUAAUUUUUCCUGCGAUUAUUUGGAUCGUAAAAUAUCUCUGCAAAUGUUGCGGAGUUGACUUCAAUGAAAUAGAAGGCUAAUAAUUUCAUCAAUUUAAACAGGAUGCCCAAAAGGCUGCCGAGAUCAAGGCAAAGAGAGCAUUCCGCAAGUUUUCCUACCGUGGAAUCGACCUCGACCAGUAUGCCUACCUUAAUAAAUCCACAACAUGAAUAUCAAAGGGGAUCUCACAGUAGCUAACCCUCAUAUUCUUCGAAUAGACUCCUCGACCUCUCCUCCGACCAACUUCGCGAUGUUGUCCACGCUCGUGCUCGCCGUAGGUUCAACCGCGGUUUGAAGCGCAAGCCUAUGGGUCUCAUCAAGAAGCUCCGCAAGGCCAAGCAAGAGGCUAAGCCAAACGAGAAGCCUGAUUUAGUCAAGACUCACUUGAGAGACAUGAUCGUUGUCCCAGAAAUGAUUGGCAGCGUCAUCGGUAUCUACUCCGGAAAGGAGUUCAACCAAGUCGAAAUCAAGCCUGAGAUGGUUGGUCACUACUUGGCCGAAUUCUCUAUCUCUUAGUAAGUUAACCUCAAACUCAUUCUUCCCGUAUUCUUGAAGAAAUUUCCAUACUGAUUUUGUAACAGCCGACCAGUCAAGCACGGAAGGCCCGGUAUCGGUGCCACUCACUCUUCCCGUUUCAUUCCCCUCAAGUAAAUUAUUGGGAUACAUUUACUUUGUAUCAUUUGGGUUAUCAAGGAUGGAUGGAUCAAACAUUUGCAUGGGAUUGUAUGGCGAAUAGGCCUAGAACACCAACCUGCUUCUUGACUACGGUCGGAAGACAGCUAUGACAGAUAGCAUGCAAUAGGCCAAUAUGACAAUAACGUCAAGAACACAU